AUGGAUACUGAAGCCAACGUCCCUGAUAAUGGGCGAUUCCCCCCUGGGCCCGGAUUGCCAGACCCUACCCUCGAGUCCCUCGAAGUGAUCUGGUUAUCCCUAGUCCCCGAGCUCCAAAACGAUCAAUCGUUUUAUGACGAGGCUGUGGGGAAAUUUGUCAACGAACAAAAAACUGCUGUUGAGAAUGCUAAGCAGAGAGCAACAGAGGAAAACAACAGCUUCAUUAAAAUAUUGGAACGAUGGGAUAGUGUACAGGAUGAAAAGGACGAUGAGAAAAAGUCCAGAUGGCCAAAACCAUUCAGCAGAGACAAUGACAAGUUGAUGGCAGAAGUACGUGCAAAUAUAUCCAAGCAGCACAACUGGGAGGAUGUUCUGUCUGCUCUCCGUGAAGGCGAGAGUCACUACUCAAAUCCUACCGGAAUCAAGAUCGUGCACAAGUGGUUUCGCAAGGCUACAGAUAAGCCAGCCGCUAUUGAACCUUAUAUCGACUUCAUUCCCAGCGGCACGUACACGUCAAUUAUAUGCACUGGCCUCAUAUUCAUUUUACAGGUGAGGAAACCCUGCUGGAAACCCGUACGAGUAUUACUCACCUCUUCUCCUGGACAGGCAUGCGCCGCCGCCAAGAAAUUCCGCGAGGAAUCGUUCGACCUCAUCAACAGGCUGCCUGACAGGAUUGACUUAGUUAGCCAGUAUUCAGAGCUGUAUAAGGAUGAUUUUAGCCUUCAGGUAGCAGCAUAUGAUCUCUAUUACGAGAUAUUACAUGCAAUCGAGGGCCUGAUCCACUGGCUGUUAAAAGACCAUACCUUACAAGAAGUUGAAUUCUUGAAAAUCCUGGGACAGCAAACUUCUUAUGACCCUUUGAAAGGGCGCCUGGAAGAGGUAGGGAAAAAGUCAGCCCGAUUCGAGGAAGUCAUCGGCCUUUGCAAUACCAAGAAGCUAGCCGAAAUUGGCAAAGGCGUAAAUGGUAUCCGACAAGAUCUGACUGCGCUGAAAAACCAAUUCUUGAUAUUUAUGCGAGUUUCGUUCCGCAAUGCCCAAUGGUUUGAGCAGCUGUUCAAGGCCAAAAGCCAGACUGCAGAUCUUAACCAUCAAGAUUCGCCGGUGGCUUACAUUUCUAAGCAUGAGUUGCUCUCUUUACUUCUCCCAAAGCCUUCAUAUAGUCCAGAACAAUCACUUGUUGUGUCUCCCUUCGAAUUGCCACUGGACCAGAUUCUUCAUGCUGGGUUCAGAAUGGAUGAAUCAGAGCAGGCUCGAACGCGCUGGAUGAUGAACAACAGCCUAUUGAGCAAGUGGUUCCAAUCAACCAAGUCGCGAAUGUUACUUGUCAAUGGCAACCAUUCGCUGGAACGGGUUGCUCCAACCUCUUUCUUUUGCUCCAUGUUGGCCAAAAGCCUGAAAACAGUCGAGUCUAUUGUUGUGUUGACUUAUUUCUGUGGCCUCAGUACCCCUAGUGAGAGUGAGCCAUACGACGACGCUGGACUACUCCGUGAUCUCAUAGGCCAGUUAGUCACACAAUGGAGAUUUGGUGACUUGACAUGCCUUGACCAAAGGUUUGUAGGGAAGUUGAAGAAACAGAGCCCCGAAAUACAACUCAAGACACAGCGACGUCUGCUCCAUAGGCUGAUUGCUGCACUGCCCCAGAAGACUCCAGUUUUCGUUUUCAUCGACGGAAUUAACUACAUCGAAACUGAAGACUUUGUUAAUGAGACUAAGAAGGCUAUGGAGGGGCUCAGCCGGCUUGUUUAUAAUAAACGUGUAGGGGCGAUGGUAAAGGUCUUUGUGACGAGUUCAACGAGAGCAUGUGAUGUAAAUGAAUACUUCGAGGACGAUGAAGUAAUAACAAUUCCUGAGGAUGCAGAAACAAACACUAAUGGACUUAUCGAUGUACAGUUUAAGUCAGGUCUAGGGAGUCAGAUUGUCAAAAUCGGAAGAUAA